AGGCAAGCAGAGGCUGUCCAACGUCCCGGCGGCUCCCUCUGCCUCCGUAGAUCGCAGCCGGGACUCAGCUGGCAACAGCUGGUUCGGAACUUUCCGGACCCCUCGCAAGAAAGCUUGGAUCCGGAUCCAAUGGGCGCUGCAAGACCCUUGGCUUGUGACCAGCUAUGAGCCGGCAGCGGCCCUUCUGGCUGCCUCCGCCGCUCUUCCUCUCAAAUCCCUUUUUCCGCAGCCAAGAUGCCGAGGGCGAGAACAUCAGCGAUGACUUGUUUUCAGACUUCGAGGGCUUCGACAACGAGAGCUCCUUCUCCCUAGACGACUGGGACGUGGACGAUUUCGACAGCGGCACGCGCUACGAAGGGGCGUCCCAGAGCCGCAGGGUGAGGGCGCUGCUCAUCAUGGCCUACUCGGUCAUCAUCUGCAUCUCGCUCUUCGGGAAUCUGCUGGUCUGCCAUGUGGUGGUGAAGAACAAGAAGAUGCACACGGCCACCAGCCUCUUCAUAGCCAACCUGGCCGUGGCGGACAUCAUGAUCACCACCCUGAACACGCCCUUCACUUUGGUCCGAUUUGUUAGCAGUACCUGGGUUUUUGGAAAGCAGAUGUGCCAUGUGAGCCGGUUCGUCCAAUAUUGCUCUGUCCACGUGUCUGUGCUGACUCUGACAGCUAUUGCUCUGGACCGCCAUCAGGUCAUCGUGCAUCCACUGAGGCCUCGAAUGUCCAUAGUGAAAGGAAGGAUCUGCAUCGCUGUCAUCUGGUUAAUGGCAAGCUGUUUCUCUCUGCCCCAUGCCAUCUACCAGAAGCUGAUAUGGUUUUCUUUGGGAAACAGAACAAUUCGCAUGGUCUGCCUCCCAAGCUUCCCCCCUCCAAAGGACCUUUAUUGGAAGUACCUGGAUUUGACCACCUUCUUCCUCCUGUACCUCCUGCCCCUGUUGGUAAUCUCCAUCGCUUACACAGUGGUUGCCAAGAAAAUCUGGAUGCGGAACGCCAUUGGUGAUGUGACCAUGGAACAGUACUAUGCCCACCAGAGGAAGAAGAAGAUGACUCUGAAGAUGCUGAUGGUGGUCGUGCUGGUCUUCGCUGUCUGCUGGUUCCCGUUAAAUUGCUACUUGGUUCUCAUGUCUAGCAAGGCCAUCCAGAGCAACAACAUCCUUUACUUCGCUUUCCAUUGGUUCGCCAUGAGCAGCACCUGCUACAACCCUUUCAUCUACUGCUGGCUGAAUGAGAACUUCCGCUCAGAGUUCAGGUCCCUGCUGCGUAUGCGCUGGAGGAAGAGGGCCUCUGGAAAUCACACCCUGCAGUUAAUAAUGGCCCCUUUCAAGCACACCUGCAGUGAGAAUUGCCCCUGCAAGCAAGGUACCAUUUCAGCAAACAAGAGGUGCAUCCCACAAGAAUUUGGCAAAAGAAGACCCCUCAGGAUAGUUUGCAAAGAUCAGUAAUAAGACAACUCCUGCCCUCAGGCUUGCAGCCUAAAAGGUGCUGGAAUGGAAAUCACGGAUAUGUUGAUUGAUCUCACCACCACUUCUGUAGUGCUGCAACAUUGGCCAUCACACUCCAAAAAAUUAAGAACCCAAUCUUCUUUUUUUCAAAACACAGCUGUCUCCUACCAUCAGGUGUCUUUUAUCAGCAUUGAAACAUACAAGUUCUCAUUAGGUGAGCAGAGGGCUGAUGCCACAGACCUAGCGGGGAUCUACACUUGUCAUUUACAACUUUUAAAAGCAUUAUUGAAAUGUAACACCAGAGGGUGCUGCAGAGCAGCGAGCCACCAGCAAAGAGAAACUGCCAGUAAAU